AAGGAAUUAAUUACAUAAACAAAAUCAUUUAAGCUUUUAUCAAUUAAUAUUUCAGAGACUUUUUGAAAAUGAAUCGCAUUGGAAGAACUUUACAGAUUCUAUCACGGCAGCAACCCACCAUUAAAUUUAUUUAUGCAAGGCCUAUCAUUAUCGCAAACCAACUUUGCGUUAGUAAUGUAAGGCAUCGAGCAUCUAUAGCAAUAGAGGACAGUUACGUCAAAAAGUUUAUGAAUGCUGUGGGAUGGAUGGAUCAAUCGAGGACUCGUUUAAAACUCACAGGAUAUUUUCUUUAUGAAAGUAUUCCUGACAAAGUGGCAUACAAAGAGUGGUUUAAGGAGUUAAAUCUACCUGAUACCUUUGUGUCCUGGUUCAGUAUAACAGAGUUGCAUGUUUGGAUGCUUAUGGUACGCUACAUGGCCGAGGAUGUGCCGGCUGCCUUGACAGAAAAGAAGAAAUAUGUCAAAGGAGAUGGCUAUUUUGUGAGGAACUGUAUUAUAGAGGCAUUGUGGGCAGAUGUUGGAAAUAAAAUUAAAUUGUUAGAGGGGGCUAAUCCAGCAAUUGCUAGGAAACAAGUGUCUGAACUAUCAGAACAAUUCCAAGCGGCACUGGUAGCCUACGAUGAAGGCAUUGAGGAUGAUAGAGUUCUCGCUGCUGCCAUCUGGAGGAGGUUCUACUCAUUAUCACCGGACACAAAUGCUGAGCAUGUAGAGAAAAUUGUCAAGUUUGUAAGACAUCAGAUAUCUAGAUUAGACAAAAUACCUAGUCAAGAUUUAAAAUGGAAGCCUGAAAUCAAAUGGUUAAGUAUACUGGAUAAUUAGUUUACAAUUUAAUCAUAAUUUAUUUAAUCUGUUUUUAGUUAGUGUUGAAUAUGUAAAUACAUAUAUUAAUUAUA